UUGACGAACAGACCAUCAGUCAGGUCUCACCGAAUCUCAGUUCAACGAGCAACAUUUACGGGGAACUAGGAUCUGGGGGAUCUGCUUCCUGUUCUAUUUUCGUCUAAUGGUCCUCAGCAACGAAAAUACAGGAUUCUCGAUGCGUCCCUUGACAAAUCUCAUAACAUCGUCGGAAAGCAAUAACACGUUCGGGGAGAACUUCUCUAUAAUGCUUCGGUGGAAGAGAAGUGUGUACAAAUUACUUUGGAAACACAUGCUAAUCUACUUCCUAGUCUACAUAUCGCUAAGCAUUAUCGACCAAUUCAUCCUUCCCGAAAACGGGAAAAGGAAUUUCAGAGUUCUGGCCGAACAUUGUUCUCGCUAUUCGGGGAGUAUAAAUCUGAUGGUCAUGUUGGGAUUUUUUACAUCAACAGCCAUGCAACGCUUAUUCUCCAUGCAAACCACAAUACCUGGCACUGCCAAAUCAAUUACCACAUUCAUUUCGUCUUUGAAACCAGACCUGAUUGAGGGAUCGAUGAUAAUCGAGCAAUUUACCCGAUGGCAGUUACUCGCAUGGGUCCUUACUUUUCGUCUCGUCUGUCGACCGCUACGUAAAAUUUACCCCGAUUUUAAGUCUUUGGAAGCUGCAGGACUAUUGACGCCGGAGGAGAGGGGAAUUCUGGAAGACCCCAAUCAGACAAAGCAAAGUACACCUUGCGUCCUUGUUGUUUUCGAUUGGAUGCUGUUGCUGUUAAAGGAAACCUUCAUACAAAAACGAUACUUCAAUGAAAGCAAUUAUUUGAAAAAUGUGGACGCACUCAUGGCAUUUAAAAAAAGCUGUGGUAACGUGAUUAAAUUUGCCAUACAGAACAUUUCUCCUGCUCUCGUACAGGCUGUCGUUUUGUCUGUUUACUGUUUUGGAUGUAUUACUGUUAUGGCCCGUAUGUUUAGCAAGGAAAAUGCUCCUAUGUCUAGCGCCUUCAUUUCCUACGUUCCAGUACUACCAGCCAUGCAGUUCUUUAUUUAUUUCGCCUGGCUCUGUUUUGGCAAAGCUGCGCUAGAUCUUGGAGAUGACGAAGACGAUAUUGAUGUCCCCCAAAUGGUCAAACUACAUAUCGAGAACGCUGAGAGAUUAAAAGGUCUUUACGGAAUGCAUCUCGAGAAAGUUUUUCCUAACUUGCCACAAAAACACUAUAAUUCAACCCCCGUAUAAGGUAGUUUACGAACUUCAAAGGUGUGGAACAGAAUGCCAAAUACAUCGCAAAAAAAUUUGCAUUUUUCGUUACUCCAGAAGAAAUUCUCUAUACUGUGAUCAGCAACCGAACAAAAAAAGCCCACUUUCUCUUUGUAGUUCAAAUCUUAAAAUAUUAAGGCUUCCUUCGAAGCAAAAUGCCCUUCUUGUCUUUUUGUUAUUUUUCCUUUACUGGUUGAAAAACAUUUAUGAAUAAACAAGAAAUCUGUCGUCUUGUUUUCACCGGUGGAAUUUCACGAAUGCAACAGACAAAAAUUUAAGUUCGAUAUACAUUUGGUUAUCUUAAAUGUUGCGGAACCCAUUCUUCCAUGUAUGAUGUAUCAGAAGGAAUCCUUAGCA